AUGUUGGAGGCGUCGCUUGGCAGGAACUUCUCCCACAGCAGCUUCGUGUUCAGAGGAUUUCCUGAACUGCAGAAACACCGCCGGCUGCUGGCACUGCCGUUCUCCGUCUCCUACCUGUUGGUGCUGCUGGGAAACCCCUUGCUGGUGUACGUGAUCCGCAGCGUGGAGAGUCUACACAGCCCCAUGUACCUCCUAAUCUGCAUGCUGUGCAUCGUGGACGUCCUCAUAGUCACCGCCAUCAUCCCCAACAUGCUCUUCAGCCUGCUGUUCGAUAGGGAUGAGAUCUCAUUGGCUGGCUGCUUGACGCAGAUGUUCUUCACUCACUUCCUGUCCUCACUGGAGUCAACGCUGCUGCUGGCGAUGGCGCUAGACCGCUACGUGGCCAUCUGCCACCCACUGCGCUAUGCCAAAAUCGUUGACUCCUCCAUGUUUGUGAAGCUGCUGCUCUUCACUUUGGUCCGCAGCAGCACCAUCAUGGCGGUGCUGGUCGGUUUGGCGGGGUCGCUGUGGUUCUGCAACUCCAACACGAUCCAGCACUGCUACUGUGACCACAUGGCACUGGUCAGCCUGGCAUGUGACAGCACGGAGAAAAACAGUGCAGCCGGCCUCGCUGUGAUCGUCUGCUUUGUGGGCGUGGACAUACCGCUCAUCUUCUUCUCCUACAUAAAGAUCCUGAGCGUUGUCCUGCGAACGGCGGCUGCCGAUGAGGACCGCUGGAAGGCGUUUCACACCUGCGGCACUCACCUGAUCGUCAUGAUGUGUUUCUACCUGGUGGGCAGCGUCACGUUCCUCUCUCACAACCUGAACAUCCCCAUCCCGACGGACGUCAACACCUUCAUGGGACUGAUGUACAUUCUGUUCCCAGCAACGGUCAACCCCAUCAUCUACGGCGUCCGGACUAAAGAGAUUAGGAACGGCUUUCUUAGGAUUUUCAAACUCAGAGUGAAGACGAUAAUGAAGGUGAAAGUUUCUCCUGCUGGAAAAGGACAACGUGACAGAGUCUGCUCUAAAUUAAAAAACAUUCAUUGA